GAAGACAAUCAUUGUUUCACCAUCAUCGACAACGAUGAAAUCACAACAACAACAACAACAAUCAUCAUCAUCAUUUGUUAAUGAUGAUUAUGAAUAUCUUAUGAAAGAUACUGAUCUAAUAACUACCUGUCAGGAAGCGUUAGAGGAAAAUAAUUAUAAUAAUAAUCAUCAUAAUCAUCAUCUUAAUAAUCAGAUAACUAGUUCAACAUUAGAUUAUCAACAACAACAACAACAACAAUCCGAGCUUUCUUUAUCAUCAUCAUGUUCAAAAUUUAAUUCCAUAACAAAUUGCCAACAACAAUUACAAUCUUCUGCCAAUAUUAAUCAUCAUUGUGAUCAUAAUCAUCAUCAGAAUUCGAAUGAUUUUACUUUAAUGCGUUCACCAUCAUCAGCCGCAAGUAGUGGUCUUGGUCUUUCGCUUGAAGAAGAUUAUUCGCUAAAAUAUUGUCAAUCGGAUGAAGAAUUUUCAUCGUUAAAUUCAACCACUACCAAUAAUAAUGAAUCGAUGAAUGGAACAAGUUCAACUUCAUAUACGGCCAAAGCAUUAGUUGCUGAAUUCAUUGAAUGGCUUGAUUAUAUUGAAAAUCAAUUGGAUUCAGUUUGUUAUUGUGCCAAAAUUGCUCAUGAUGCCAAUCGAUCUGAUCAUGAUGAUGAUGUUGAUGAUGAAAUCGAUGACUUUGAUGAAUCUGAUAAUGAAAAUGAUGAUUAUCAAAAAUUAAAUAGUGAUAUUUUGCUUAAUAAUGGCCAAAUUGAUAUGGAUCUUACAUUGAUAGUCAAUUCAGAUGAUUCUUUUGAUAAUCAUCAAUUGAAUAAUAAUAAAUCACAAAGUGAUGAAACCUGUUGCAUAUUGCCACAGCAACAAGUUAUCAUUGAUCAUGAAGAUUCAAUCGAUGAUGAUGAAGCUGAAGAAUUGAUGAUGUCAAUGAAACCAAUUUCGACUACUACUGUAGCCGAUCAAGUGAUCAAUAACAAUAGUCAACAACAAUCAAAUGGUUAUAAACCAUUAUGUUUAAGUGAAUUGAAAACAAUUGAUAAUGAUGAUGUUGAACCAUCGAUUCAAAGUACUUCAACAUCAUCAUCAUCAUCAUCAUCAUUUGAAAUGUCAAUGUCCAAAACAAAUUUGUGUUUAUUACCGGAAACGAUUGGAGCCGAUUGGAGUGUUAUUUUGGCACGUCAUGAGGCUUAUCAAAAUGAAUUUGAAAAGAUAACACAUCAAUUUUUCAAAAAUAUUAAUCAAUUAACCAAAUCUGGCGAUACUAUUUCAACAGUUUCGACUUCUGCUAUUGGAUCGAUCAUUAUCAAUGAUUAUGCAGGUGAAUCCAAUUCAACAACAGCAACAAAAUCAUCCAACAACAACAACAACAAUCUACUACGUUCGAUUAAACAGCAAAAAGAUCGAUGCCUAAAUCUUUGGCUAAAAUCAUUGGAAUAUUUAACAAUAUUGCAGAAACAUUCAGGCAAACGUUGUCCACGUCAUUAUUUUGUGAACAAUAAAAGUCUGAAAUUGAAUGAAAUCAAUGUUGCGGAUCGAUCGAAAUCAUUAUCAUCAUCAAAGUUGAUUAUAUCACAAUCAAAUCAACAACAAGAACAUUAUCAUCAUUAUCGAAAUAUUUUCUCAACUGAUAGUAUCAAACAAUCAACAUCAUUAAAUUGUUCAUAUAAAAAUAUUCUAUUUGGUCAUCAUAAUAAGAAUGAUAAUAUUGGAUCAUUACCACAGGCAAAGCCAUCAACCCAACCAUCUUCCUCAUCUAGUUUAAUUGUUUCGAGCUUUAAUCCGUCCUAUGCUGCCGUUGUUGCCUCAUCAUCAAAUUCCUUAAAUUCUCCAGUUACUUCUUUUCCUUCAAAUUCUUCAUCUCUAUCUAUUGGUUCUAUUAAAAAAGUAGAACUCAAAUCUAUUGGAACAGGUGGAUCAUCAGUCAUUAUACAGAAUCGUCGUGUUCAAACCAAUACAAGUACUCGAAAUCAAUCAACAUUAUCAUCACAAAUGGCCAAUAAUAAUAUAAUGGAACAAUCGAAUAAUCUUACAUUAUCAUUUGAUACAAGAGAUAGUUUAGAUGGUGGUAGUGGUUCACCAGGUGCAGAUUCCGGUGUAUUCAGUUCAUCAAUGGAAAAUUCAACAUCAUCAUCAGCAGUAGCAAAUAUAAAAUACGAAAUUAUACAGAAAGAUAUCGGAUAUUCGAGUGAUGCAGAUAUGAGCGAUGCAAUUGAGGCUCAACCACAUUCAUCCGAUCAACCGCAAAGUAGUCAACAAAAAUCAUCACGAAAAAAAUAUGUACGACGACGACGAACACGAACAAGUCGUAAUCGACCAUGGAGCUAUCAUGCUGAUUGGACUGCAUGGGAUUAUUAUCAGACACCAUUUUUUUGUGAUCAUUUUAGUAAUGAAGAUUUGAAUGAUGAUAAUGAAAAUAUCAUUCGAAAAUUAACAGAAUUUGGUGAAAAUUAUGAAUCAUGGAUUAAUAAUGAAUUAGAUUUGACCGAUAUAGACAUUCAUGAUCAAAAACCGGCUGUUGUAAUUGAAAAACCAGAAAUUGAAGAACAACUACAACAACAACCAUCAUCAAUGUUAAAUGUUGUGGCUGUUGAAAAAGCCGAUGCAUGUACGGCUACAUCACCAAUACCAUUUUUGGAUAAAGAAUGUCAAGUAAUUAAUGAUGAACUACAAACGUGUUACAAUAACAAUGAAAAAGAUGAUAAAACAACCAACAAUGAUGACAAGAAAAGCGUAACUAAACAGAAUAAAUGCACAGAGACACGUUCGACACAUAUGAUUGAUUCAUCAUGUCAGCCAAUGUCUUGUCCGCCAUCUCCAACAUCGACAACAUCAUUAUGUACAUCAUCAAACAAAAAGGGUAAAGAUUCGAAAGCAACAAUACCGACAAUCAAGAUUAAACCGAAUCGUUCAGUAAGAAAAUCUGAAAAUAAUAAUGUUGAUGAUAUUAUAAGACGAUCACCAUCGCCAUUAUUGAUGAAAAAAUUAUCAGUAUCUAACAAUAAAAUAGGAUUGGUAUCGAAAUCAACAUCAACAUCAUCUAUUACAACAAUUUGUAACAAUUGUACUUGUGGCCAUAAUAAUAAUUCUUCAUCAUAUUCAUCGAUAAAGUUUUAUACAAGCAUUGCAUUGGCUGGUCUAUUGUCUUUUCUGAUUGCUGUAACACAAUUCUCACCCGAUAUACAAAAAACAUAUCCACGACCACCACCACUUUAAAAUGAAAUGAGACAAUGGGAAAAAACCAUCAUCAUGAUCUUUCAUUUGUCCAUGAAAAAAAAUACAAAAAAAAUCAUGAAUACAA